AUGGCUUAUCCAACUGGACCUGGUCAUGGGGUUGUGGGUGCAUAUCAACACCAACCUGCACCUACUUAUGGCGGAUAUCCACCUCCACCUGCACCUGCUUAUGGCGGCGGAUACACAUACCCACCUCCACCUGCUUAUGGCGGCCAAUACACAUACCCACCUGCACCGGCUUAUGGCUGUGGAAACCCACCUGCACCGGCUUAUGGUGGCGGGUACCCAACUUUUGUUCCUGCACCAUAUGGUCCAUAUAUGCCAUACACUGCUCCGGCUGCACAGCCAAAUAGUCCUAUCAUUUCUGGUACUGUGGCAGAAGUGAUUGAAUCGCUGGCCAUAGGUAUGUUCAGGGGUGCAGUCACUAAUACCUUGUUUGGUGAUGGUAAUUAA